AUGUCCACCCCUCCAGCACCUAUCGACCAAACCACCUCGUGCCGUGCCAUGCCACCAGGCCGCUUCGACCUCCCUCCCGCACUCGCACACGACCCCGAGCCGGAAACGAACACGCUCGCAAUCCUUCUCCCGCACCAGGCGUUCUUCGCCCCGGCCUCACUCCAGAUCCUGCGUGAUGCGUUCGGAGCAUACGGCACGUUAGCGCACUGGGCGCCUGUGCGGGCCAUGGGGCGCAUCAUUGCAGUAUAUACCGAUGAUGGGGAUGCUGCGGCGGCCAAACGCGGCGCGGACGGUCUCAAGCUCGACGUGGCGCUCGUCGAUACGGACGAGAAGGAGAGGGACAAGGAGCAGGUAGUCCCAGAGGUGAAAGAGCCAACAAAGGAGGGGUACUUUGGUCAUUCGCGGCAGGCGUCGCGCUCAAGUAAUAAGAACAAUGGAUACAUACUCCGCGUGUAUGGUCUUCCGCCUACCUCUCUCGACUCUGAGAAGGACCACCUCCGUCCACCGGAACAUGAGCGCAAUUUCCUCAUCUCGCCACCCGGCUCACCUCCCGAGGGAUGGGAGCCAAUCGUCGAAGACGGACCUAACAUGACGCCCCUCGCUGACGACCUCAAGCGCGCACUCGAAGCGCUACAGCUGCAGGCCCUGGGGCGCGAUCAUGGCGCCGGACCAGAGGUUAUCCUCGACGUUGGGGGCGUGCGCGUCGAGGUUGAGGAUAUGGAUACGGCCAACCAGGAGUGCGAAUGGGGCGAAGAGUACAUCGUCGCUGGGGGUGCGGAUAUGUGGGAGGCUCCACGGCAGCAUGGCGGACCGGGCGGGCUCGCUGGGGGAGGGUUCACUCCUGCUGGGCGGAUUCUGCCGACCGCUCGGCCGCCCAUGUAG